GUAUGGCAACACUAAAUUAUAACCUCACAUCGUAAACAGCUGAUGAUAAUAACUAUCUUAUUUACGUUAAUGUGCAACAUUAAAUUGUUUAUCAUAAGCAAAAAUAAUAGUGGUUUAAGCAAAGAAUAUUGGAAACUAGAAUAAAAUUGUCACAGGCCGAAGUUAAGUUCGAUAACAUGCCCCCGAAAAAGCAACCAGAAAAGGGUAAAGCCGGUGGAAAUGCUAAAUCCGGUGGCGGAAAAUCUGGUGGUGAUGCGAAAGAAUCAGCUGGAAAAGAGAAAAAAGGCGGGACAGCUGUCAAAGUCCGUCAUAUACUGUGUGAGAAACAAUCAAAAUGUUUAGAAGCCUUGGAAAAAUUGAAAGCUGGACAAAAAUUUCCGGAUGUUGCAGCCGCGUACAGUGAGGAUAAGGCGCGUUCAGGGGGAGAUCUUGGCUGGAUGACCCGUGGUUCAAUGGUGGGCCCAUUUCAGGAUGCGGCAUUCGCCUUACCCAUAUCUACAGUUAAUAGCCCAGUUUACACCGACCCUCCUAUAAAAACCAAGUUUGGGUAUCAUAUCAUAAUGGUUGAAGGCAAAAAAUGACAGACAUGGUGUUUGAAUUUGAGUAUUUUUGGGCGAUACUACUGUUAUUCAUUAUGGAAAGGAUAUGUUGUCUACAGGAGCAGUUUGACAAAGAUUUCACCUUAUUACCAGACCCUCAAAGGUCUAAUGAAUCCCUUAAUAGUAAUAUGGAAGAUUUUUCUAACAGGGAGUAAGUAUUUAUCUGAUAUUCUAUAAAACUAUGAAUUGCAAGUAGUCCAUGACAAAGUGAAACUAAAAUUAAUUUAUUAUUUCCAGUUUUGGUUUAAAACUAAGCUUUCUUCGUCUGUGUCAUUUAAUGCAUGUCACUAUGCUCCUGACUCUUGUUUACUUCUGCAAUGUCUGCCUCUGGUUUAUAAUGACUAAGAAAUCAUCGCCCAGGUCCCUAAGAUACCGGUUUAAAGUUGCAAUACCCUCC